AACUCCGGACUUUGACGAAGCUUUAUUCUAAAAAAUCUGACCUUUUCCAAGUCAAUUAUCUAGACUGGAUGUGAUGUCUUCCCCGACGGCCGGAAUCCUUUUAUAAAAUUCCCCAUCGUAGAUCUUCCAUUGACCCGUAACACAGCCCUUACAGCCAGUGAUCGCUUCUCCUUUUCCCGGCCUCUCUUCCCUAAUCGAGAUCAAUGACAGCCUCACCUUACUACCUCCUCCUCUUCAUCCCGAUCCUUCCCAUCUCCUUGCUUUUCGUCCUCUCCUUCAUCGUCCGCCCCCGACCCCGCCGGAUCCCUGUUAAGGGCCGUCACGUUUUCAUCAGCGGCGGCUCCAGUGGUAUCGGCCUCGCCCUCGCCCUCCAGGUCGCCGCCGAAGGAGCCCGAGUUUCCAUCCUCGCCCGAAGCCAAAAGCGCCUUGAGGAGGCCCGCGAAGCCAUUCGUCUAGCCACCGGCGUGGAGGCCGCUAUCUUCAGCGCCGACGUGCGCGACGCCGAGGCGGUGGCCGGCGCGGUCGAGGAAGCUGGCCCUAUCGACUUGCUAGUAUGCAACCAGGGCGUGUUCAUACCGACGGAGCUCGAGAAGCAGGAGCUCGAGGAGGUCAAGCUCAUGGUCGAUAUUAAUUUGAUGGGCACGUUUCAUCUCAUCAAGGCCGCGCUUCCGGCGAUGAAGCGGAGGACCAGGGAGACUGGCCUCCCGGCCUCCAUUGCUUUAAUGUCCUCACAAGCUGGGCAGGUGGGCGUCUACGGUUACGCAGCAUACUCCGCAAGCAAAUUCGCGCUUCGAGGUUUGAGUGAGGCAUUGCAGCAUGAGGUCAUUGCAGACGAUAUUUAUGUUUCUCUGAUAUUUCCUCCGGACACAGAGACCCCGGGUUUUGCUCAAGAGCAAGGGAGAAGGCCUGAACUUACCAACAUAAUAGCUGGUUCUUCAACCGGAAUGAAGGCAGACGAUGUUGCGAAAGUUACUCUGAAUGGAAUCAAAUCUGGAAGAUUUAUCAUUCCCUGCAACUUUGAAGGAACCAUGGUUGCUAUAGUAACUUCUGGCUUGUCCCCUCAGAGUUCUUUUACAACAGCUUUUAUUGAGGUGGCUGGUGCAAGUUUCAUGAGGCUUUUAGCUCUAUUCUUCCAGUGGAAUUGGUUUAGUUCUAUAGAGAAGUGGCAUGCCAAAAACUCCGGCAAACUGAAGAAAAACUGAAGCAUAGUUUUUUCACUCUUCAGACGCUUUCAAUGCUUAUGGUCAGAACUGCUUUUAGAUGCAAGAUAGUGUUUUUAAUAAUUAUCUCUUUCUUCUACAGUUCUUCUCCCUUGAUUCAUAUGGGUUAAGACUUUAGAAAUUGAGAUAUAUUUGAUAAUUUGUUUGAAGUUUGCCUUUGUAUCACCUAUUACAGUUCAUCCUGUUAUUUUUCUUGAAGAAGUA